ACAAACUAGAACAGUUCAAUGACCAUUUAGGGCUAGGCAUCGAAGAUGAGCACCAACGCGCACACAAUUUAUGAAUUUAACCAAACCAUUGUACGCCUGUGGCAAAGCGCUGUCGGGUUGCGCGACGGCGGGAUUUGACGUCUUUAUACGCAUUGCGAGGUUCAAAUACGGGGUUAGGCCUCCAUAGAGGCUUAAACAUGUCGCACCUUGAAACAACAGUUUAAUCGUCGUGCCCUGCGAAUUUACCUAACAACCAAACACUCCGGGGAAAGACAAAAUGUACCAAUACGGGGUGCUUGUCAGUUCAGCAAAACUUGUUUCGGGCCAACGCACAUCGUGUUGGCCUACAUCUGUUUCUACUGCUAGUGCCCGUUUGGAAAUCAUAGGGUAGGCUGGGAAUCCGGGAAAUUAACAAGUGCUGGCACUGUUGCACGUUAUUGCGCAGCGGCUUCUCUGGAAAUCUCCAGCCCAAUAAUAAGCCCUGACGGUAAAGCAAUCCUUGAUAGAGACGUGACGUCACCUUCAAGUUUUGCCUCACCGCUUCCCAUUAAACGAUUGUGUUCUCUUGGGGUACAUAAAGAGAAUUGCCUUUCAUCUUGCCUAACACACACACACACGCACACGCACACACACACACGCAAUAAACUUCCACGCUGGCGCACACGCACCCCUCUCCCCCUCCACCCCCCUCUCUAAAUUCCAGGCUGCUUCCCGCUUUACUGGAACUUGCUCGUUGUAUGCACGUGGCUAACAAAAUCUGCCGGUGACUCACUGGGAAAACAAUGUGGGACUAGUGGGAAGAUGGUGGGACGUAAAUCAGAAAAAAGUGCGUGGAAAAGGAGGUGCGUGCAAAAAUCUUGUAGGCCCAUUAUAUAGGCAACAAGACAUGUCUGAUACAGGAAGUAACGCUGACCGAUGGACGCGGCGAGUAUUGCACAAUACAAGCCCGAUCCCCUGCCUUUCAUGUUGUUUACCCAUAAGAGAACCGCUCCGGAGAGCUGCACACUUUUUGUAAUUCAAUAUACGGACCAUCGGUGUGACUUCAUCCUCAAGCAGCUUGCCUUAUCAGCACAACUCUUAUCAGUCAUUUGUCGUUUACGUCUAUCAUGACGAAUCUGUUUAUUUUUACCAUGAAUAAUCUGUUCCACGCUCGUUUCCUUUCCGUGUUGCUCAGGGGGGCUUUCGGUGUGCACCGAUAGUGUAUAGUGGAGAACAUGCACUAGCGGGUCCGGUGGGGGGGCUUUUCCCGGCGCGUAUCACCACGUUCCACUCCAGGGAUUAAAUGUGUGAAAGUGUUUUCACUCAUACGUGGGCUGGAUCAUUACUCAUAAUGACUCAAAUGCUGAACACGAAGUACAGGGCCGACAUGCCCGGCUCCAACAGUGCCUUCAUACCUACCAUCAAUGCCAUAACGACCAGCCAGGACCUCCAGUGGAUGGUCCAGCCCACCGUCAUCACCUCCAUGUCCAACCCGUACUCCCGCUCCCACCCCUACAGCAACCACCUGACCAGUGGGCCAGGCCUGCUGGGCCACCACAACCCGCUGGCCAGGCCCGGCGUCAUACGCUCCAUCGGAGACACCCGCGGACGCCGCAAGAGGGACGAGCAGCUCACCCCCGAGGAGGAGGAGAAACGGAGGGUUCGCCGCGAGAGGAAUAAGUUGGCCGCAGCGAAAUGUCGCAACCGCAGACGAGAGCUCACCGAAAUGCUGCAAGGGGAGACUGAGAAGCUGGAGGAGGAGAAGGCGGACCUGCAGAAAGAGAUCGAGACCCUGCAGAAGGAGAAGGACAAGCUGGAGUUCAUGCUGGUGGCCCACAACCCCGCAUGCAAGCUGCCCGCCGACGACCACCUCCACCAGGGGGCCCACCACCACCACAACAACAACAACCACAACCACAACAACAACCACAACAACAACCACCACCACCAGCAGCAGCACCAGCAGCAGCAGCAGCAGCAGCCGCAGCACCACCACCACCACCACCUCCACAACCAGCAGCAGUGUGCGCCACUGCCCCUCACCAUGCGCUCUAGCCUGGGACCCCGGGCGCCCGUCAACGCCGUGGUGGUGAAGCAGGAGCCCGACGAGGACGACAGCGAGGAGGAGGAGGUGGAGAUGGAUAUGGAGAUGAGCGGCAAGCCCCAGCGCUCCGUCAUCAAGCCCAUCUGCCUGGGCGGCGGCGGCGGCGGCGGCGCCAUCGGGGGCAUCAUGGGGAUGUACUGCACCGACGGGGACAGCCUCAACACGCCGGUGGUGGCCGCCUCCACACCGGCCUCCACGCCCAGCGCCCCCAGCCUCAUCUUCACCUACCCCAACCUGCUGGAGCCCGACAGCCCCUCGGCCACCUCCGAGUCCUGCUCCAAGGCCCACCGCCGCAGCAGCAGCAGCGGGGACCAGUCCUCGGACUCGCCCACGCUGCUGGCCCUUUGAGAGGCCUCUACCGGAGGGGAGGAGGGGGGGGGGGGGGGGGGGGAAGGGGUGGAGGGAUGGAGAAGAGGUGGUUCCCCCCCCCCCCCCGUCUGGUGACAUACUGCACUGAGGUUGAGAUCUGAAACACAACACUGUUGAAUGCCAAAGUGUUUUGGGGGCACACACGCUUACGCGCAUUCCACCUGGCGGCCGGAAGGAAAGACAUUCAAGAGCACAAAAGAAAAUGAACGUAUUUUUUGGUUGUUGUUUUUUUCAAAGAAGAGAGAGAAAGUCCAGAUCAAGCGGAACGGGCUGAGCAGUUUGCUUGCCCCCGGGAGAGCCAUCAAGGCUAUGCUGCUUGUUCCUACUUUUUUAAUUAUGCUUUCAUAUACCUUUGAUUUCGUUUUUUUUGGUUUAAAUAUGUCGGAUAAAAACACGCACCUAUCUCAACGGGUGUCGUCCCUUCUCCAUUUCAACCUGAGUGUCAGCUUGUUUACAUAACAGAUGAAUUUGAAGUUAACUGAUGCCUAUUAUCAGGCAGUCAUGAAUGGAGAUGAUCAUACAUCCAAGGGCAAAAUUAAGAAUAUCAAUAUUUUUAUAAACCAUGUUAGAAAAGCCAUGUGGACAACACUUGCACUCUGCCAAGAUCAAUCAAUUUAAAUAUGUAAACGAGGACAGCUUUACUCUGCGUUCUGUCUCUCUCUCUCUCUCUCUCUCUCUCUCUCUCUCUCUCUCUCUCUCUCUCUCUCUCUCUCUCUCUCUCUCUCUCUCUCUCUCUGUCUCUCUCUCUCUCUCUCUCUCUCUCUCUCUCUCUCUCGCUCCCUCUCCUUUUUUAAAUAUUUACUUCAGUCGGACGUCGGUCCUGGGAGUGGAGGUGUGUGGAUGUGCUCGUGGACAUUGUUGAUGUAAUUCCCGUCUCUUUUUUGACAGUAAUUGAUACCCUGUGCUGGUACAUACUUCUUCUGUUUAGUGGAGAACCUCGCCCUCCCUUAUCUCUGCCUGUAGAAAAGCCCCAACCAGCCACUGCCGUGCCUGGAACCACUCAGUGUUGCAAAAGGAUACGAGCCAAUUUUAUAUUGACACCCCGCUCCUCGGUUUCGCCAUAGCGUUGGAUGGCUCCACCUCGCAGUGGUUUAUCAAUGUUGCUUCAGUGAUCUUGUGUUUUAACGUUGACCAGGUGUGCAGGAAUUGUCUGUGAUUUAUUUUCUAUUUUCGACCAUUGAUGUCAGGGAUGUUCCCUCAUGUUUAGUGGACCCCCCCCCCCCCCACACCUGCUCAUCCCCACCCAGCAGGACUCCAGGAGUCUUCACUGUCGUGAUGGAGGGGAGUUGAAUCCAUGCCAUGUUUUGAUACAUGCCGUGUUGCUGUGCUGCGCUGUGGAGGGGAUGCAUUCGCACAGACUCGUCUUGUCGGGAUGAUUAUACUUUGUUGUUUUUUUUGCUUGGACUUUUGGAAGAAAUAAUAACCCUGAUAAUUUAAAAGAGCUCUGCUGGAUUUUGUAUUUUUUGUUGUUUCUUGCAAAUUCUCUCAAUACUUUCUUUUCCCACAGUGAAGGUUUUUUUAAUCCAUUUUCAAAUAGCCUCUCAAGGCAAGCAGUUUUUAAAAAAGCCCAAAACAGUUUGUAUUACAUGUGUCAUGUAUGCCGUGAUCCGUCUGCCAGUGCUGUUCACCUUAAUAAUAAAAGCAAAGCCACUGUGGUAGAGACUCCUGCCAGCUUACAAUGAUGUCACUCUAAAUGCACCUUUUCUUACUAAGGGUGAUCAUUUAAGAUUUCAGCUUCACUGCAGAUUUCAGCUCAUGUAAGGAUGUUUUGGUGUACCUAUACCAACCUUCUCAAUACUGGGUAGAGACGUUGUCACUAGUGGAAGCCUUAUUGGCUCAUAUGCAAUGUCACUCAAGGCAACUAAUUAAUUUUAGACCAAUGGCAAGGGAUUAAACACUUGGGAAGACUGGCGCAAGACAGAAUACCUGAGGGUCUACAAAACACUUAUUGAAGCAAACAAACUUAAAAUUGUAAAAGAUGUUGUGAGAAUCUCAAGGGGGUAUGGAUUUUAUUAAAUAAAAAAUCACCAAGCACUGAGACGAAUAGAGAAACUAUAUUUAGGACUUAUUUGUUUUCCUCAAACAUUCCUCCUAGUGUAAAUUCAGGGGUUACCUUUACCUUUUAUAAAUAUAAAUAUAUAAAUAUAUUUUUGUCGAUGUUGAUGUCAAUAAUGGAAGAGAGAGAGCGAGAGCGAGCUGAGACCUUUGUUGUGCUGGAUGCAGCAAAUGGACUUUGACAUUGAAUUUAAAGACUGCUGCUGUAAUGUGUAAAGGUUUUGUUUCGAAGGAACGUGCCAUCUGUAUUUAUCUUGUGAUGAGUCUUUAGUUAUGGUAUCAAGCGGAUACAACAGGGGGAAAACAGCUCAACUCUACAUUGGAAACAUGUGACAUAAAUUGAUACCAAAAAAAGCCAUUAUUGUGGGUGAGUCUGCUAUGUCUGUACGUGUAGGUUUCAAUCGAUCCUUCGAUCCCCUUAGAAAAACAUAGGAAAGCCAUUGACUGUAGAUCUUUUACUGUACAUGUAAUCUACUGUCUACUGCCUGUUUUCAACUACUAUUACUUAUUUUCCAAAUGCUUUAACUGUUUUAAAAUGAUUCAAAAUCAAUAAAAAAAAACAGCAAUAUGUAAAGCCAGUGUUUGUUAAUUUAAAACAAUAAUAAAAACAUUUUGAAAUGCA